CCCAUUCAAUACCACACAACAACAAUUCAAUUCAAUCUCUCCACCAACAAAAUCCAAAGACCAUUGGCGGUGGAAUUUAAAAAAAUUCAAAGCAAAUAAUAAGACCCAGCUAAUCAAAAGUAAAAGAGGAAGAAAAUUAAGCUGGUCUAAUUCUGCACAAUUAAAUUAAUCAAAGAAUGAUUUAUAUUGUUUCUUAAUUUAAUCUCCUUUGACUCAUGAUAUGGUUUGAAUAGAUUAAUGGCAGAUUUGUUUGUUUAAGACAAUUAUAUAAAAUUAUAUAAAAAACAAAAACAAAUACUAUUGCAAACACCGAGCUUUUUUAUUCCCUCUUCUUAUAUUCUACACGGAUCUUGAGCUGUUUCAGACUAUCACUUUGUUUUUCUCUUCUUUUCUCGAUUGGAGUUUUGUUUAAUCGUUUAUUUCUUUGCUUUUUGAGGCAAAAGCUUGGAUCUUUUAAGGGUUCUGCUUUGAUCGAGAAAGGGAAUAUUUGAUUGGCUGGAAGAGACCCAGAAGAGGGUUUUUAACAUUGGAGAAGAAGCUUGAAGGUUUUAGAGCUUUUUGGGGUCAACUGGGAAGCCUUUUGCUUACUGGGUUUUUGGUGUUUUGUGGCUUUCUGGAUCAGCUAGGAAAAUUUUGCCCACUGGGUUUUGGGUUUUGGGUUUUGUAUCUGGGUCCUGCUGUUUUUUUUUUCCCUCUGAUUUCAGCUUCGCCAAAUUGGUUCAGGUAUUUCUGUUCGGACCAAUUUAGCUUCAUUGGAGCAUUUGUCCCACUUGAAUAGCAGUAAAUUUGAUCUAGUUAGCAUGAAGCCAGAUGAACCUGAAUUUACGUGAUCUUCGUUUUGUUUAGAGACAGUUUCAAAGGGAUAGUUUAAGUUGAUACUGUGACAUUGACAUGGGGUGUCAAUUCUCCAAACUCAUACCAUGUUGCUGGAAUUCACAAUUCAAGGCAGCGGUUCUUGAAGCUCCUGACAUUGAUAAUGAGGAGAAGAGCGAUGUUGAUUACUUGCCUAGAUUUUGUGAAUUCACAUUUGAGCAACUUAAAAAUGCGACAUCUGGUUUUGCAGUGGAGUACAUUGUGUCUGAGCAUGGAGAGAAGGCUCCAAAUGUUGUUUAUAAAGGGAAACUGGAAAAUCAGAGGAGAAUUGCUGUUAAGCGCUUCAAUAGGAUGGCCUGGCCUGAUGCUCGGCAGUUUUUGGAGGAAGCAAGAUUGGUUGGUCAGCUCCGCAACCGGAGAUUGGUCAAUUUGCUUGGUUGCUGUUGUGAAGGUGAUGAGAGGUUGCUUGUGGCCGAAUACAUGCCCAAUGAAACACUUGCGAAACAUCUUUUUCAUUGGGAAACACAGCCUAUGAAAUGGGCAAUGCGAUUGAGGGUUGUUUUACAUCUCGCACAGGCUCUAGAGUACUGCACAAGCAAAGGGCGUGCCCUUUAUCAUGACCUUAAUGCUUACAGAAUUUUAUUUGAUGAGGAUGGAAAUCCUAGAAUAUCUACCUUUGGCCUGAUGAAAAAUAGUAGGGAUGGGAAGAGUUAUAGUACAAAUCUGGCAUUUACUCCUCCUGAAUAUCUUAGAACUGGGAGAGUAACACCAGAAAGUGUAAUAUAUAGCUUUGGGACUCUUUUGCUUGAUCUUCUCAGUGGAAAGCAUAUUCCCCCUAGCCAUGCCCUAGACCUGAUUCGGGACAGAAAUCUUCAGAUGCUGACAGAUUCUUGCUUGGAAGGACAGCUUUCUGAUGAUGCCACUGAGUUGGUACGGUUGGCUUCACGAUGUUUACAAUCUGAACCCCGAGAGCGACCAAAUCCAAAGUCAUUAGUUGCUUCUUUGACGCCUCUUCAAAAGGAAACUGAGGUUCCCUCUUUUGUUUUGAUGGGUAUUCCAAACAGUACCUCCUGCUCUCCUCUUUCACCACUUGGUGAAGCGUGCUCAAGAAGGGAUUUGACUGCUAUACAUGAGGUCCUAGAGAAUAUCGGCUAUAAAGAUGAUGGAAUGACAAAUGAGCUCUCAUUUCAAAUGUGGACUGACCAAAUGCAGGAAACAUUAGAUUCAAAGGAAAAGGGGGAUUCUGCUUUUAAGCAGAAGGAUUUUAGAACCACAAUUGAGUGUUAUUCACAGUUCAUUGAUGUUGGAACCAUGGUUUCUCCAACAAUUUUUGCCCGGCGUGGUUUGUCUUAUCUCAUGAAUGACAUGCCUCAGGAAGCUCUGAACGAUGCAAUGCAAGCUCAAGUAAUUUCCCCAAUAUGGCACAUUGCAUCUUAUCUUCAGGCUGCUGCCCUUUCUGCCCUUGGAAUGGACAAUGAAGCACAAGCAGCACUGAAGGAGGGUACUAUGCUUGAAGCCAAAAGGAACGCUGCAGCUGCAAAGAAGUGAAAACCAAGGAUCAGGUACUGAAUUUGACACUUCUCAGUUUGGCUCUCAGCACAUAUAGAUGUUGCUCAUAAGGUUUCGAAUCAUGGAAGUUAAAGCUUCACUCAGUUCCAUGAUAUUAAGAUUUUGGUCAUUUUCCCGCGAGAUAUGUUGUAUUUGAGUUCUUUGAUUUGAUCUGAUUUCUUGUCCGUUAAAUGUUUCCAGUAUAUGAAUUACUCUGGAAAAAUGGAAACAAAAAAAAUGUUGUAAACAACAGUGGGAGGAAAAAAGCUUGUAAUUUGUGUACAAAAUACAUAAAAGAUUCCUGGUGUAUUCUUUCUGAUGAAAAACAGUGGAUACCAUUCUCAGUUAGAAAAAAA